AAGAGAAUCAUGUCUUUUUUAAACCCCUACGGAAACAGGAAGUCAAAGAUAACUAUAGCAUUAUUUAAAAAAAAAAUGCUUCAGGUAAAUUUAUGAAAUUGAUUGUUAGGGUACCAUUUAAUGUGGCAGUUGUGAUUCUGAUAAAAAAAAUAUAAAUAUAUAUAUUAAAAAGUUUUUGGCACCUAACUAAAUGUACUCACAUUAAAAGUUGUAUUUUUGCUGCUGCUUUAUUUGAAGGUUUUUUACAUUUUUUGGGGAGAGGCAAUUGAAGCGCGCCGUAUAUCAUACAUUCUGCAGAAUAUACAAUAAAAUGAUGACAUGAUAGCUUUAUUUAACUGUAUAGACUGUUAAAGUUCUUGUUGUCAAAUAAGCUGUGGUAUUAUAUUUUCAGUGGACCCAACAGAAAGGAACUUUAACACCACAUUUAUGGCUCCAUAACAUUAGUGCUUGAUUGGAUUGAAGAUAUGUUCAGUUUGUGCAUGCACAAUUCAACGAUUAAAGUAUGUUUAAAAUUCCUCAAAUAAAUCCGUAAUUCACCUGCUUUGGUCUUUGAAAAGGACGUAAAUUCAUCCACCAUACCUUUCACCUGUCACUCAAAAUUACAUCAGUAUGACGUCAGCAACGUGUACUGGCCCUUUAAACGAAUUACGCACAUGCUCUUCCGCAAACAUCCGGUUUUCGGAAAGUGGAAGUACAUUUUUUUUUGCAAAACGCGUUUAAACGCAUCUUUUGACGCACGUCAUGUUGCGUGUGACCGUGUGAAGCUGCGCUUUGGUCCCGAAGCUGCUUGAUUUUCAGCAGAUGGAGGUCUGCAGCCUGGUUUCACGGAAAGAGGACAUUUCAUCGCUGCUGCCCGAGGAAACGAGUCCCAAGUAUAAAGAUUUAGGCCGCCAGUUCUCGGCAGUGAGGAAAGUUUGUGGUGAUGGGAACUGCUUCUACAGAGCUGUCUGCUUCGCACACCUGGAGUCAGUCCUGCACAGUCCCAAAGCCCUGCAGAGGUUUAAGGACCAGGUCUUACAGAGUGGAGAUGUUUUGGUUUCUGCAGGAUUUGACGAGACUUCAUUCAGCCACCACCAGAGCACAGUCCUACAUGUGGUGGAUCAAUGCAUGGCUGCAGAGCAUGAGGACACUCUCCUCAGGCUAUUCAACGAGCAGCUUAUCUCUGACAGUGUGGUGCAGUUCCUCAGGCUGCUCACAUCUGCCCACCUCCAAACCCAUGCAGACGACUUCUGCAACUUCAUCGAGGCACCAGAUUUAAAGGUGUACUGUCGUCAGGAAGUGGAGGUGAUGGCGAUGGAGUGCGACCACGUGGACAUCUUGGCCUUGUCGCAGGCUCUGGACGUUGGGAUCCACAUCGCCUCUAUGGAGGGUGAUGAACAGCAGCUGGUCCACCACAUCAUUCCCGAAGGAGCAGAUCCAUCCGUGCGUCUCCUCUACCAGAUGUCACAUUACAACAUUCUCUACCGACAGACUCAGCUCUGAUCUGCUCAGGAAACAGCAGCACUUUUCAACUGGGGAAAAACACACUCAGGCUUUCAGAUCCUUAAGAAAAGAGGCCUUUAUAAAAUAUUCCAGUCCAUUCAAACAGCUACAUAAUUAGCAGGAAUUAAGGUGAAAUAAAGCCGUUUUUAGUACAGAAA